CCACCAAUAUAAUUUUCAAAAUUCCAAAAAUAGUAGUCAUUUACCUCACAAUCCAUUUAUUUGGACUAUCAAAUCUAUCUUCAACUCUCAAUUCAAACUUCGCAACUCUCAAAUCCUUGACCCAAAUGAACGAAACAUGUUUUAAAGAUUUCCUCAACGUGCGAAGUAAUCAGUAAUAUGAUUGCCAUUUUCGAAGAUAAGAGAUUAACUUCUCGUUAAAUACUAAGGUAAGAAAAUAAAGCCCAAAAAACAUAGCACCUCUGUGGAUCGAACACUCCAAAUUGGGAAAGAGAAAAAUCUCUGACUCGUCGGAAGAAAUUUUCCCCAUCCACAUCUGCUGCAACUUGGUGCCGCAAGGGGGAAAAACCCUUAGCUCACCCGCCCCGACCUCGCCACAUCGCCGACGGUCCCAUCCUCCAAUCCGGCACGACGUAAGUCCAACCCCUUUCCUCCCCCCUCAACUCGUUCCAAGGGACGAAAGUGUUCACUUUGCUGCUUGCUUUCGCCGUCCCCUUUUCCGCUCUCCAGCUCCGGCGACUUCAUCGUUGCCGCCUCGAACCCAAAGCUCCAUCUGGGUCUGGAUCCAUUCGCCCCGCCUCCUCGUAGGCCAUCUCCAGGUGGAUAGUCCUUUAUUUGGGGGGGUAGAAAUGGAGAGUUCUGUUCCACUUGGCUGAGCAUUUUGUCUGGAAUUGAUCUUUGGUUUCUGGGUUUGAUCUGCGAAUGGAUUGGGGGUGUUCUCUAGAUUUUGCUUUUCAGAGGAAGAAGAGGGUCUGAUUUCUGCUAUGUGCUUGAUUUCCAUAUCCAGGCUCCGAACUUGGGGUUCUAAUUAGGGAAAAUAGCUGCCGGGAUGUGGAUGGAAGAAAGAGCAAUGUGCUAGGAUGAAAGUGGUGCAUCAGUGCGAUCAGAAAGUUUGAUACUUGCCGUGAUAUUAUGUCGUCUGCUAGCCUUGGCAACGGGGGAGUUGGAAGCUCAAGGUCUGUCAAUGGCUUCAAGAGUUCAUCGAGUUCUGUUGAUUGGCUGGGCAGAGAGAUGCAUGAGAUGAGAUUGAGGGAUAAGGUGGACCAUGACGAUGACAGGGAUAGUGAACCUGACGUAAUUGAUGGUGCGAGUGCCGAAGCAGGACAUGUCAUAAGAACCACUGUGGGUGGUCGAAAUGGCCAAUCUAGGCAGGCGAUAAAUUAUAUAGCAGAGCAUGUGGUUGGAACUGGUUCUUUUGGUACUGUCUUUCAAGCAAAAUGUAGGGAGACCGGGGAGAUUGUUGCUAUCAAGAAAGUUCUCCAAGACAAACGUUACAAGAACAGGGAGCUACAGAUAAUGCAAAUGCUGGAUCACCCAAAUAUUGUUGGCCUCAAGCACUCAUUUUUUUCAACUACGGACAAGGAAGAGCUGUACCUAAAUCUUGUACUGGAAUAUGUUCCUGAAACUCUGAAUCGUAUAGCAAGAAACUACAACAGGGUCAACCAGCGAAUGCCCUUAAUCUAUGUGAAGCUGUACACAUAUCAGAUCUGCAGGGCACUUGCCUUUAUGCACAAUUGCAUUGGUAUCUGUCAUCGUGACAUCAAGCCUCAAAACCUAUUGGUGAAUCCACACACUCAUCAGUUGAAGCUUUGUGAUUUCGGAAGUGCAAAAGUGCUAGUGAAAGGAGAAGCCAAUGUCUCCUACAUAUGCUCACGGUACUAUCGUGCCCCAGAACUCAUUUUUGGUGCCACUGAGUACACAACUGCAAUCGAUAUAUGGUCCACUGGCUGUGUGAUGGCUGAAUUGCUGCUUGGACAGCCAUUGUUUCCUGGUGAAAGUGGAGUAGAUCAACUAGUUGAGAUCAUUAAGGUUCUAGGAACACCAACAAGGGAAGAGAUAAAGUGCAUGAAUCCAAAUUACACUGAAUUCAAAUUCCCACAGAUAAAACCUCAUCCAUGGCACAAGGUGUUCCAAAAACGGUUACCUCCAGAAGCAGUCGACCUCGUGUGCAGGUUCUUUCAGUAUUCUCCCAAUCUCCGUUGCACAGCUCUGGAAGCCUGCAUUCAUCCUUUCUUUGAUGAACUAAGAGAUCCAAGCACGCGCCUUCCCAAUGGCCGCCCUCUUCCACCAUUAUUCAACUUUAAACCCCAAGAGCUAUCGGGGAUUCCUACUGAUAUCGUGAACAAGCUUAUACCAGAGCAUGCUCGUAAGCACAACUUAUUUAUGGCUCUCCACUCCUAAUCCUAUGCUACCACACCAUCAUCUAUCUGCCUCCUUCCUGUGUCAUUGUCCAUUGGUCAAAUGAUUAUGAGGCUCUCUUUUGCCGUCCAUUCCUUCUUUCAGUUGUGCGUCCAUGUUUGUUGUUUGUCCAAGUUUUUGGUUCCCAGAGAAAAUUAGCUGUAUUAGGGUUUUCUGUACCGAAAUAUCUCACGACUUUGUGUAUGAUAUAUUAUUAUUAUUGUGUAUAAUCUGAAGAGGUCCGGUGACUGACCAGUGUAAUGUAAUUUAGUGAACUGAAAUCGGAUGUCUGGAAUGGAGAUGGUGCCUAACUUAUCGUCUUGGUUCAUGUGAGCUUAGGGAGCUGCUCGCUCAUUCAUUUCAUGGUGGUCGCGUGCAUCUAAAGCUAGAUAUUCUUUAGUCGAUUCUUUUGUAUGUUCCAUGGCUGGAUAGAUAGGGAUACAUUAACAGGUCAGGAAGGUUACAUUGCAUUGCAGUCCAGAUGAGCCACAUGUGAUAUGCAGUCGUCCUUCUCCCCUUUCGUCGUCUCAGCUAUCCUUCUGAAACCUAACUUCGGCCUAACUUAAAAUUGGUAACAUGUAACUUCCACCUUGUAAAAUGGCCAAAUUGAUACUCCAGACCAAUUUUUGGAGCAUAGCAUAAGAUGGGUACGAACGCCGACUAUCACAUUUUUGUGCACUGGCCUCCAUGCCUUUCAAGUAACAAAGUCGGUGAGUUUAACUCAAGGAAGGUUACUUCACAAACACGGAAUCAUGAACUGAUAAUGGAGCUGCUGUUGCAGUAGCCCUUUUGGCAAGCCAUAGCUUGAAUUUGAAAGCACAGAUAAAACACAGAGGAAAUA